AUGAAGUUGAACAUCUCCUUCCCAGCCACUGGAUGCCAGAAACUCAUUGAAGUGGACGAUAAAUGCAAGCUUCAUACCUUUUAUGAGCAACGAAGAGCCACAGAAGUAGCUGCUGACUCACUGGGUGAUGAGUGGAAGGGUGAUGUUGUCUGCAUCAGUGAUGGGAAUGACAAGCAAGGUUUUCCCAUGAAGCAGGGAUUCUUGACCCAUGGUCAUGUCUGCCUGCUUCUGAGUAAGGGGCAUUCCUGUUACAGACUAAGGAGAACUGGCGAAAGAAAGUGCAAAUCUGUUCAGGGUUUCAUUGUGAGUGCCAAUUUGAGUGUUCUCAACUUGUUUAUUGUAAAAAAAAAAAAAAAAAAAAAAAAGAGAGAGAGAGAGAAACAUAUCCCAGGACUGACUGAUACAACUGUGCCUUGUCACCUGGGGCCCAAGAGAGCUAGCAAAAUCUGCAAAUUGUUUAAUAUCUCUAAAGAAGAUGAAGGAGCUCUGCAUAUUGUGAGAAAGCCACUGAACAAAGAAGGCAAGAAAUGCAGGACCAAAGCGCCCAAGAUUCAACAUCUUGUUACUCCAUGUAUCCUGCAACACAAGCGUCGGGGUAUUGCUCUGAAGAAACACACUAAGAAAAAUAAGGAGGUUGCAGAAUAUGCCAAGCUUUUGGCCAAGAGGAUGAAGGAGGCCAAAGGAAAACGUCAGAAACAGAUUGCCAAGAGACAGAGGUGGUCCUUUCUGAGCACUUCUACCUCCAAUUUGGAAUCCAGUAAAAAAUACAUUUCUAUGUGUGACAAAUAA